UCAUUUUGGUUCGACAAGUACUAUUUUGGAGAGAACGGAGUACUUGUUCAACAAACAUUUUUGUUCUUUCACUUUCGUUCCCUAACUUGCUCCGACGGAACUUUAGCCGUCGAUCUGAUCGGAGCUCUGACGGACGAUGGAGAACGCGGACAUCUUUGGAUCUUCGACGGCGCCUCUGACUUGGCAUGACUUCCUCGAGCGCAUGCGGCAGCCUUCCGCUGCUGAUUUCGUCAAAGCCAUCAAAAGUUUCAUAGUAUCAUUUUCAAACAAUGCUCCAGAUCCAGAGAGAGACAGUAGAGCUGUGCAGGAGUUUCUUGGCAACAUGGAAGCUGCUUUCCGAGCCCAUUCACUUUGGGCUGGCUGUUCUGAGGAGGAGUUAGAUAGUGCAGGUGAAGGGUUGGAGAAAUAUGUCAUGACAAAGCUUUAUCCACUUGUUUUUGCUUCACUUCCUGAAGAAAAGAAAGUUGAUGAACAACUUCAUGAAAAGAUUGCUUUGAUUCAACAUUUUGUCCGCCCGGAGAAUUUGGAAAUCAAGCCAGUUUUUCAAAAUGAAACGUCAUGGCUGCUUGCCCAGAAGGAGUUACAGAAGAUCAAUAUGUACAAGGCACCAAGGGACAAAAUUGUUUGCAUCCUUAAUUGUUGCAAGGUUAUCAAUAAUCUUUUGCUGAAUGCCUCCAUUUCGGAAAAUGAAAAUCCUCCAGGGGCAGAUGAUUUUCUCCCUGUUCUUAUAUAUGUCACAAUAAAGGCAAACCCUCCCCAGCUGCAUUCUAAUUUACUGUACAUACAACGGUUUAGGCGUGAAAGUCGCUUAGCAGCAGAAGCAGCCUACUAUUUCACAAACAUUCUUUCUGCAGAGUCAUUCAUCAGAAACAUCAAUGCCAAGGCACUAUCUAUGGAUGAAACUGAGUUUGAGUGCAACAUGAGAUCUGCUCAAGCACUUCUUUCUGGCCUUCUGGAGGACUCUUCUUCACAGCCUGAGUCAUCAGAAACUAAACCCAGAAACGAUGAACAGCCGUCAAUUGACAAAAUUCCAUCCAUCUCAGAUCUAGAGAAUAAAGGGGCAGCAAUGAUUUUGGAGGACAACACGAGCGACUUCUUUCACAUUUUCCCUUAUUUUUACUCUCAGGCUGGCAUCUUAACUGUCAGUGAUGUUGAAGAACUGCUAACCAACUACAAGCAACUUGUUUUCAAGUAUGUAUGUCUCUCUAAAGGUUUGGGCAUUGGCCUAAACCAAGUGUGGCCGGAAACUGUCAAAGGGCCAGAAGAGGAAACUUUUCAAGGACCAGAAGUGUCGAAAACAGAGUCACCGCAUACAGUGGGUUCCCCUGCAGCUACUGACAGGAACAAAAUUCCAGCUGUUAAUGUGCACGAUACCGAGUCCAAGUUGGCAGUAGAGGAUGGAGAAAGGAGUGGUGGGGGUUCAUAGAAGAUGACAUGUAAAACUCCAUGUAUUGCAGUGGAGUCAAUGGGUGCUUGUCAUUGUACACUAAGACAGCAUAUUAGAAACCAUUUGAUGUUUAUUUGGAGAGUAAGGAAGACUAGAGGUGGCAAUCGGGUCAACCGGAUCGGGUCUGGAUUGGAUUUUUCGGUUCCGAUAUCUCUCGGAUA